AUGAGGAGGGACAGUGAUUUAUCAAUUGCUCAUGUCUUGUUGGAAUGCUCCCCCCCAGGACCCCGUAAUGAAGGUGAUGGCGACGGCAGCAGUAGUUUUGGUUCUGAAGCCGGAGGAUGGGGAGCGGAGGGGGAGGAUGAUGUCCGGCGUCCUCUCAUCCGGUGUGUUCUGUGUCCGUCUCUCACAGCUCAGCUCAGCCCCCUCAAUGACUACCAGCGAUCCAAAGCCACCGAGCUGUCGCACCUCCACGAGGGAGACCAGAAGGUGGAGAUGAAAGGAGACGUCCACGUGUGUGCCAAGAAAUGCUCUAGUGUGCUGGACUGCAGGUCCUUCGACUACAACCUGAAGACUCACAGCUGCCGCCUGCUGCCAUGGACACAGAAUUCCCCCCUCGUCACCAUGACGAAGAAUGUCAACUACGACGUCUACCAGAAAAAGGACUAUGUCCGGGGAUGUGUGGCGGGGGAUGGGGCGACAUAUCGUGGAACGGUCUCGCAGACUGUGAAGGGGAAAACCUGCCAACACUGGAGGAUGAAAUUCCCGCAUGACCACAUAUACUUUCCAACUGCUCAGAACGGUCUGGAUGAGAAUUAUUGCCGGAACCCAGACAAGGAUGCGGAGGGCCCGUGGUGCUACACCACCGACAAGAACGUAUACCCCGACAAACAUCUGGAUGACAAUUAUUGCCGCAAUCCGGACGGUUCAGAGAGGCCGUGGUGCUACACCUCCGACCCGCAGGUGGAGAGGCAGUACUGCAAAAAAACAAUUGCUGUAGAGAAGCAGCGGCUACAGAAUUUACCAAUAAUCAGCCAUUGUUUCACUGGACGAGGAGAGGGCUACCGGGGCAAGGCCUCAGUGACCACCUCCGGAAUCCCCUGCCAGCGCUGGGACUCCCAGACUCCGCACAAACACCGCUUCGUCCCGGAGAAAUACCCCUGCAAGAACCUGGAGGAGAACUAUUGCCGCAAUCCGGACGGUUCGGAAGCUCCGUGGUGUUUCACCUCCAACCCCAACAUAAGAGUCGCGUACUGCUUCCAGAUCAAACGUUGCCCUGAUGAUGUCACAGACACCGGAUGCUUCCAUGGGAACGGGGAGACCUACAGCGGAUCCGCCAACAGGACCAGGAAGGGGGUUCCGUGCCGCAACUGGAGCGAGAAAGCCAAUGACAUUCAGUUCACGUUUGGAGAUAAUCUGCAGGAAAACUACUGCCGGAACCCGGACGGUGACAGUCAUGGCCCCUGGUGCUACACCAAGGACCCCAAAACACCCUUCGAUUACUGCGCCAUCAAACAUUGCGAUGAGGGGCCUCCAAUCAGUCUAAAGGAAGCAGAGAACAUCGCAUUUGAUUCUUGUGGGAAAAGAGUCGAUAAAUCUCCCAGCAAGAAAGCUCGGAUAGUUGGUGGUCAUCCUGGAAACUCGCCGUGGACUGUGAGCCUGAGGAACAGACAAGGAGACCAUUUCUGUGGGGGGUCCCUGGUGAAGGAAAAUUGGGUGAUCAGCACUCGCCAGUGUUUCUCUUCAUGUGACGCCGAUCUGUCCGGAUAUCACGCCAUGGUGGGAACACUCUUCACCAACCCAGCACCAAAUGACCCCGAUAAACAGUCCGUACCCAUCAGCAAGAUCAUGUGUGGGCCCUCUGACUCCAGUCUGGUGAUGUUGAAACUGGAGAGGCCGGUCACCCUGAACUCCCGGGUGGCUCUGAUCUGUCUCCCCCCAGAGCGAUAUAUUGUCCCUCCGGACACCAAGUGUGAGAUUGCCGGCUGGGGGGACACCCGAGGUUCCGGGCACCAGGACGUCCUCAAGGUGGCCACCUUCACUAUAAUCAGUAAUGAGGAAUGUAAUCUGGGGAGCGCCAAGAUCCGGGCCCAGGACAGCGAUAUCUGCACCAGGGCCGUGCCCAUAGAGGUCGGAGCCUGCGAGGGUGAUUACGGAGGUCCGUUGGCCUGCCUGACCCAUGACUGCUGGGUGCUGGAGGGGGUGAUCAUCCCGGCCCGCGGCUGUGGGAAGAAGAAUGUUCCGGGCGUCUUCACUCGUGUCUCCGUCUACGUGGACUGGAUCAAUAAAGUUAUGAAGAUGAUGUGACGGCGGCUCGGCCUGUAAUGUGAAUAGAGAC